UCUGUCUUCGAAGUAGACAUUGCUGGGAUCAAGAGAUAUUAAGCCAUAUUAAUAUUGACGAUCCCCCCAUCAGACCUGUUUCAGCUUUUUCUUUCUCUCGUCCCUCUCUCGUGCUCAAUCUUAGCAAACGAGUACUCCGUAUAAAUCAUAAUGUUUCGAUAACAUACCCACGCUCGCUUGUUGUCGCUCGCUCGUUCGCUUCUGCUACUGUUGAUUCUGAGUUUGAACCGUCCGAUAUACCAGAUUUUGGGAUUAAUGUCUCGCCGAUAAAAUGUCUUCUUCGCAGUAUCAGGAGCUCUGGGUGUCGCAGGAACCCAUACAGCGCCCGACUCGAGAGACCGACACCGUGCGAUCGGUAUGGCAAUUCCCGGCGGCUAUGGCAUCGACGCUGUCGCUUGUGGGGUACUUGAUGAUUCCACUCGCGCUCGAAAAGCCCGAAGACAACCCGCAGAUCAACAAGACGAUCCUGACCAUCGCCGCAAUGGUCUUGAUCGGCGUUGCUUACUCGCUGUCUUUUGUGAUCGUUUGCGCUCAGAUCGACCAACGAGCCUAUCUCCUCUACUCCGUCUUUCUCCCCUGCCUCUCAUCGAGCCUCUUCGGCCUCUUCAACCUUAUCUUCAACAUCCUCUGCCGCAACAUCCUCCCUAUGAACAAUCUGGCAACCAUCGUGGUCAGCCUCUGCUGCGCCUUUGUUUUUCUCUACGCUCUAGGCGCACUGUGGAUCUAUGGACGGACCGUCGCGGACGAGACGCGCAUCCAGUACGGCUCUGCGAGCCCAAUCCUACUCACCGAGGAGGAGAUGCAGCGCCAGCAGCUGCUCCGAUUACUGCAGCAGAAUGGAAAGAAGAAGAGGACCAGUGCGAAGGCGGUACAAAAGACGUUCAAGGUUGAUGUGCCGGAGGUUGUGAGUCCGGGGAAAGGGUGGGAUCGGUAUAUGCCGCCGAGGGAGGAGUAUUUUAUUUGAUGGCGUGGGAAUCCAUACGUGUCAUGAGCUCAUGUGGAUAGAUGCAUUAUGUGAAGCUGAUACGCGCAGGCAUGCUGAUGAUACGUUGGUCAGACACGAGGAUAUCUGCGACAGUUGACCUCGGACUUUCUGCAAGCUUCCUGGCUCCUGGUUGCUAGCACUUAGUUGCAAGCGCUUGUGAAUUGACGAGCGCAAGUCCCGAGUCCGGGGAUAGGUCGGCAUGGCGUCAUGUUGAUAGAACCUGCUUUAAAUAGAUCGCAUCUUGCUCGAUACUACUUUUUACUAGAUAUAUGAGCCAGUCGUGUCUGCUUGAUGCCUGGAUAAAUCAUGCCCCGG